AUGUCUUUAUCUGCUUCGCUCUGCCUCUAUUUUCCCUUUUCCAUCCUCUCUUUCACAUUUUCAUCUCUCAUCCUCACUUCCUCAUUGUUCCCUGAGUUUACCAUCUGCUUUUUUCAACUCUUCAUCUCUCCACCCGAGUCUUUUGGGUUCGAUAACAGUGCUGCCUGCCGAUCAUCUAGUCUGAGGCUGAGCCGGUUAAGUGCGUGCCGAUACUCCGCUCUCUGCCCUACAGAAUACCCCGUGGACGGUUUUCAUCAUCCUGAAUCAUCAUUCAAAAACCCACUGGGCUUUCGCCCGCUUUCCUUGGCUUUGAUCUGUUUGGCUGAGACAAUCGUUACCAAUCAGAAUCAGCCCGAGAGACUUCGACUGGAAUCAUCUUCGACCAUUAGUCGAUCGCAUCUUCUCUGCAACACCCCCACUUCCCUGCCGCCCCCCUCAAUUCCCUGCAGUGUGCAUCUUACUUUUUCUUUGCCCUUCCACUUCUUAUUCUCGACUUAUUCCUCAGUCACAUCUCAUUUCUCACUGCCCUUACUACGUCCCAUGUCGUACACUUAUAGAGAUCGCGAUCGAGACUGGGACGAGACCCGUCCCGUGUCAAUCAAGCGCUACGUCAUUUCUCCUGAAGACGACCGUCGAGACUUUAUGUCGAGACACGAUGACUCUUUCGGCGGCGAGCGUGAGCUGGUGAUCCGGCGCAAAACGGAUCGCGAAGAGCCUGUGACUGUCUCGCGCUACGAGCGAGAGGUGGAGUAUGAGCCACCCACACGCUACGAGAGAGACUACUAUGAUCGUGAGUACCUACAUCCUUACACCAAUCGUCCGCACUCCCGGUCCAUGGAUUCCCUGGAACGAAUGGAGCAGUCCCCUACUGCUAGUACCACUGCCACCCGAAAACAAUCCGUACUUAUUCGUGAAGCCCGCAAUUCCUAUAUCAGCCCCCGCGAAUCCGAGUAUGAUGUCGUGCGCCGCUCCGAGGCCGACGAGGACCCAUAUUACUACCACCGUCACCGUCGAGUACGCGAGUACGACGAACAUCGCUCCCGACGUGAGCUGAGCCCUGAUGAUUCCGUUUCCCAAACUAGUCGCCGCCGCCGCGGUGAUCGCGACCAGGACUACAGCAGCGAUGAUAGCAUGGUCUACAUCCGAAAGGAAACCCGCGACUAUGACGACCACCCUCACCACCGUCGUCAUAUGGCAGAGGGUGCAUUGGUAGGUGCCGGCGUGGCUGAAUUAGUACGCAGCCGCAGCAAAAAAGAUGGCGAAGUCAGCCAUGGCGCCAGCCGUAUUGGUAAGACUCUUGGUGCCGGUGCUCUUGGUGCAGUCGCUGUGAAUGCAGCAUCGCAUGCUCGAGACUACUACCACCGUAGUAAGAGCCGCCACCGUUCUCAUUCUUUUGAAGAUGACCGUUCUUCCCAUCGCCACAGCAGACAUGGCCGGAGUCGUCACAGCCGCAGCCGCAGCCGCUCCCACUCGCACUCUCGUGCGAAGACAUUGCUCGAGCUGGGAGUUGGUGCCGCGGCCGUGGCUGCUGGUGUGGCUGCAUUGCGUAGCAAGUCAAAAGGUGGAGACCGCAAAAGCCGGUCUCGCACUCGCUCCCGCUCUCGGGCUUUUAGCCGGGGUCGUUCGGAGAAGGAUGAAGAACAUGGUGAACGAAGCAUGUCUGAACGCCGCAAGCACAUGGCUGGCGCGGGUCUGGCCGGUGCGGCCGUGGCUGGCCUGGUUGAAAAGGUCCGCAGCCACUCGCGCUCUCGAAAGGGUGAGCGCUCCCGUUCCCGCAGUCGUAUGAGACAAGCUCUUCCUAUUGUGGGUGCCGGUCUUGCUACUGCUGCUGCUACCGGCCUCUACGAGAAGCAGAAGAGUGACAAAGAUGAAAAGGACGGUUCGAGCCGGGGCCGCCAUCGCUCAAGGUCUCGCAGCCGCGGCCCGUCACAGUCUUAUCCCGACCCAGCUCGCGACUCGGCCGGUCUGAUCGAAUACGGCAACGACCCAGUCACAGGUAGCAUCCCAUCUGAGCACUACUACGGUCAGCCUGGUGCACCCUACUACGACACACAGGAAGCCUACGGUCCCAGACGUCAUAGCCGCAGUCGCAGUCGCAGCCGAGCCCGCUACAGCAGUUCAUCCGGUUCCGACCGCGAAGGUCACCGCCGACGAAGCAAGAAGCAUCGCAGCCGCUCACGAGAGCUCGCGGGUGCCGCCCUGGGCGCAACAGGGCUUGGCUAUGCCGCACACAAGUACAACGAGCGUCGCAAGUCCAAAGAGCGCGAACGCGAACACUCUAAGCAUGAUGACAACGCCCACCGUGAUCCUUAUGAAGAAUCCUACGACCCAGAACCAUACCCGCCUUCCCCGCAAAGGGCCCCAGGCGCCCCACCCAUGGCUGACCCCCACUACUACCCUAACAGUAACUAUUUCCCCCCGCCCCCGGGCGACUUGACCUAUAAUUUGAGCGGUACCCCUGUUUCCUACAACCCGGCAGACUAUCCGCCACCACCGGGCGCUGCCCCGCCCCAGCCUUACGCCUACGGCGCUGUGCCACCAGGACCGGGAUCGGGGCCCGGACCCGAUCAAUUUGCACCUCGGCCACGUAGGGCUGAAGACAAUGUGAGCAGCUCCACCCUACCUACUGAUGCAAACCAUGUGCACAAGGGUCUAAACAUCCACCCCUUUCCAAAGUCUCCACCCCGGUCAAGUAGCCAACCGCCACAAGUCUCGAAAUCCGUCGCUUUCGACCUGACGGAUCCCCCGCGGGAUCCCGGCUACGAGACCGAUGAUAGUGACUCUACCGUUGAACCGCAUUCAUCUUUGCAUCGCGAAGGUAAAAACCACCGUCGCGAUCGAGAUCGUGAUAGCCAUCAUCAUCAUCGCCGCCGCUCCUCAUCCGUCCCCUAUCCCCUUAUGCCCCAUCCUAGCCCUGCUUGCAGUCAUCAUCGACAUCACCCAUCAGCCCGGAAGCCCCGGGAGGGAAGAGACCAGAACAAAGUCUCUGAAACAGACUCCGACUCAACCAUCGACCUACCUAACAGGUUUGACGGGCAAGGCCGUCUUCUUCCUGAGCGGGAUCCUGCCAUGGAUAAAUUCGAGGACCUGGUGAAUAGGUUUACGAAAGUUCUGUUCUAG